CUCCUCCCUCCCCCCUCCCUUAUUAUUCCCAACGUUUCUACCAAAAACCAUCAACAAGAUCUCACCGCGUAAAUGUUCUCAACUCUCCAAACCAAUCCAAAAAAAGUCAAGUCUCCGUCAAAAGCCCCCCGCGUUCACACCUGCGCACACGCUUCCUAAACCCCCCUCCUCCCCCCCCACAAAUAUAUAAAUAUGACCAGAGCCCAACCAACUUCUCCAUCAUCAUCAUCAUCAUCUCCAGUUCAUAUCCAAACUCGGAAUUCAAGUUCACACAGACAUUUCUUCAAACACUUUCACACCAAUCCAAAGCCUUUCAUGGAAAUCACAUCGUUCCCAUUUCUUAGUCAAGAAGAUUACUCCCAUUUCUACACUCUGUUCCCCGACAUGGACGAUUUCGAAAUAAAUGGAGAGGGUGGCUUGAAGAAGCGGAGAAGAAAGGAGGACGACAGCAACAACAACAACAAUGGCGCAAUGAGCGACAUACUCACCACGCUGAUUUUGCUGGAUGAGGAAGAGAAGCAGGAGCAAGAAGAGUUCUUUGUUCAAACCCAGCAGGAAAAAUCGAUCCUUGAAGCCAAUCACAGGCAGAAGACUCAAGCUAUGAAUGAGUACUUGUCUGAUCUUCAACAGAACCAUGCUCAAUCUGACGAAUUGGACCAGUCUCGCGCGAAACGGACUCACCAAUCGGCAUUUGCGGCGGCUGCGGCGGCUGCCGAGACUGCGAAUUCGGGUGCGGGUUCGGAGUCGGGGUCGGCUGUUCCGGCUGCGGGUCCUCACCGGAGGCUAUGGGUCAAGGACAGGAACAAAGAUUGGUGGGAUAAGUACAACAAUCCAAACGUUUCGGACGACGAGUUCCGGGAGGCGUUUCGGAUGAGCAAGGCCACAUUUGACAUGAUCUGCGAGGAGCUUGAUUCAGCCGUGACGAAGAAGAACACAAUGCUGCGCGACGCGAUUCCUGUUCGGCAGCGGGUGGCGGUCUGCAUAUGGCGGUUGGCUACUGGCGAGCCGCUCCGGCUGGUUUCGAAACGUUUCGGGUUGGGCAUCUCCACCUGUCACAAGCUGGUUCUUGAGGUUUGCUCUGCUAUUAAGACUGUUCUAAUGCCCAAGUUUCUUCAGUGGCCUGACGAGAACAGAAUGAAAGCUAUCAAGGAUGAGUUUGAAGCCAGCUCUGGGAUACCAAAUGUUGGUGGGUCGAUGUACACAACCCAUGUUCCAAUUAUAGCUCCAAAGGUGAAUGUUGCAGCUUAUUUUAACAAGAGGCACACAGAGCGCAACCAGAAGACCUCUUACUCCAUUACAGUGCAAGGGGUUGUUGAUCCAAGAGGUGUUUUUACCGAUGUUUGUAUUGGCUGGCCUGGUUCUAUGCCUGAUGACCAGGUAUUGGAGAAGUCAGCUUUGUUCCAGAGAGCCAACAGGGGCCUUCUGAAGGAUGUUUGGAUUGUGGGAAAUUCUGGGUUUCCUCUAACAGAUUGGGUUUUGGUUCCUUACACCCACCAGAACCUUACUUGGACCCAACAUGCGUUCAAUGAGAAAAUUGGAGAUGUUCAGAGGGUUGCUAAAGAUGCUUUUGCAAAGUUGAAAGGGAGGUGGUCUUGCUUGCAGAAGAGGACUGAGGUCAAACUCCAGGACUUGCCAGUGGUGCUUGGGGCUUGCUGUGUUUUGCACAACAUUUGUGCCAUGAGGAAUGAAGAGCUUGAUGCUAAGCUAAGUUUUGAUAUCUUUGAUGAUGAGAUUGUCCCUGAGAAUAGUUUGAGGUCUGCUACUUCAGUGCAGGCUAGGGAUCACAUUGCUCAUAAUUUGUUGCACCAUGGCCUUGCAGGCAGUGCUUUUCUAUAGUGAUUUUUUUUGAGUUUCAGUUUUUGUACUGUAUUUUUAGUCAUUCAUUUGGCGCUGCCUUUGUUGUAGUCAUAUGUAGAGUAAAUGGUAUAGAAAUACAGCUUGGCUUUGAUAGCUUUGUGUAUAAAAAGAGUAUUUAGCCUUCUAUGUAAUAGCAUGAAUAUAGUUCAUUCUUGAUUU